AGAGGGGCGCGGGACCGGCCCUGCCACCGACUCGGCGGGAAGGGGUGGGCGGCGGCGUAGCGGGACUGGCCCGGCCCGGCCUGACACGACACGUGUCUGCUUGUGGGUUGCCCGGGCACUCGGCCCUUGUCGGCCCGCACACGCCGCCCAGGGGCCGCGGGCCUACCAUAGCCUCGCGCCCUCCGCCUGUGUGCGCGGAGAGAGACCCGUGUGCAGGCCCGGGAGGGGGACCCCUGCGGGUACCUCGCCGCCCUGCCACCAGGGUGCCCCGAGCCCGCGCUAACCCGGCUCUCCGCCCUCCCAGGAGCCGUGUGGCCGGACAUGGAGUACAUGAAGGCGCCGGUGGCCCCCAGCCAGGGCAACAUCCUGUGCUGCCAGUGUGGCAUCCCAAUCCCACCAAACCCUGCGAACAUGUGCGUGGCAUGUUUACGAACUCAGGUGGAUAUCACAGAAGGAAUCCCCAAACAAGUCACGGUUCACUUCUGCAAACAGUGUGAGAGAUAUCUUCAGCCUCCAGGAACUUGGGUUCAGUGUGCCUUAGAAUCGAGAGAACUUCUAACUUUGUGUCUUAAAAAAAUCAAAGCUUCGCUUAGUAAGGUGCGGCUGAUCGAAGCAAGCUUUGUUUGGACUGAACCACAUUCCAGGAGACUUAAGAUAAAGCUGACAGUACAAAAAGAGGUGAUGAAUGGAGCAAUCCUUCAACAAGUGUUUGUGGUGGAGUAUGUAGUUCAGCCUCAAAUGUGUGAUGACUGUCAUAGAGUUGAAGCUAAGGAUUUCUGGAAAGCAGUGGUUCAGGUCAGACAAAAGACUCUGCACAAAAAAACUUUCUACUAUUUGGAACAAUUGAUUUUAAAACACAGGCUUCAUCAAAAUACGCUUCGGAUCAAAGAGAUUCAUGAUGGCCUGGAUUUCUAUUAUGGUUCAAAGCAACAUGCCCAGAAGAUGGUAGACUUUCUUCAGUGUACAGUUCCUUCCAGAUCAAAAUCAUCCCAGCGUUUGAUUUCGCAUGAUAUUCAUAGCAAUGCCUACAAUUACAAAAGCACUUUCUCGGUGGAGAUUGUUCCAGUAUGUAAGGACAAUGUUGUAUGUCUGUCUCCAAAACUGGCACAGAGCCUUGGGAAUAUGAGCCAGAUCUGUGUGUGCAUCAGAGUAACAAGUGCUGUCCACCUCAUUGAUCCCAACACUCUGCAGAUUGCUGACCUUGAUGGAAGCACUUACUGGCGUCACCCUUUCAAUAGCUUGUUCCAUCCAAAGCAGUUGGAGGAGUUUAUUGUAAUAGAUAUCACCAGGGUCCAAGAGAGAAAACAAGGUGCAGGUGCAGGGAUGAGAUCAAACAAACACACUCUUGCUGAAGCCUGGGUACAGAAAACCUCAGAGAUGAAUACAGAUAAUCAGUAUUUCUGCCGCACUCACUUGGGGCACCUUCUAAAUCCUGGAGACCUAGUCUUGGGAUAUGACUUGGCCAAUUGUAACCUCAAUGACGAAUUUGCAAAUAAGAUGAACCCACACAAUGUUCCUGAUGUGGUUUUAAUAAAGAAGAGUUAUGACCGUACUAAACGCCAGCGUCGCAGGAACUGGAAACUGAAAGAGCUGGAAAGGGACAGAGAAGGCAUGGAUACAGAUGACGAAAGGCAGUACCAGGACUUCCUUGAAGAUCUUGAAGAAGAUGAGACGAUUAGAAGGAAUGUCAAUAUUUAUAAAGAUUCAAAAAUUCCAGUGGAAAGUGACACAGAUGAUGAAGGUGCUCCACGAAUCAGUCUGGCUGAGAUGCUAGAGGAACUCCAUAUCUCCCAGGAUGCCACUGGUGGGGAGGGUUCUGAUAUGAUGACACAAUAAGCAUAUGCAUUAAAUAAAUGCAAUCAUUGUACUCUCUUGAGGAGAAACUAUCCUGCCCAGAAAUAAAUGUAAUGAACUGUUGAACUAAUUGUAGACAUUCAUGUAGUCUUGUGAAUAUAAAAGGCUGUGCACGUAAACAUCUUACCCAUAAAUAAGUGUGUGUGCUAUACAAACUGCUGAUGAGGAUCAGAUUUAGUAAAAUCAAACUCCUGAUGAAGGUGUCACAACAUAAGGCCUGCAAGUUUUUCAGAUGUUCUCCUGCUGCCUUCUCCCUAUGACUUCUGCAAUGUGAGUGCAAGCUGAAACUGCAGGUGUAUCCACAUGAUUGUCUUGAGGUUAAGAUGCAAGAUGAAGAGUCAAGAGCGAUGGGUUCUGUUCCUGAUUCUGCCAGACUUUCUGUAGCUUCCUCUCCUGUAAAAGAGACCUUUAUCUUCUUAACAGGAGAGUUGUUAGGCUAGAUUUGCUUGGAAAGUGCUUUAAGAUCUUUGAAUGGAAGAUGUAAUAUGAAUUUAUUCAGCAAAAUUUCUGGUAAAUACGAGUAAACUGUUUGUUCCUCUAC